AUGAAGCGGUUAGGUAAAGACUCGCGGGCUAUCCUAGACGCAAAAGCAAAUCUAAUCUCGCUCGAAGCCGCUGCGAUGAAACUUGUCAACGAGAUUGUGUCGAAAACGGGGAAGAACAUAACGAAGCCGCAAAAGGCGCUAACGAGCAUCGUGCGCCGCGUAGUGGCCACAGUAGACGUCCUUAAAAAGGCCGGGCUGUUCCAAGGCGGCGGGGAGGUGCAACCGAAAAAGUCCGAGCUCAACGCGACGGCGGACAUGGCGGCUUUCCGCGCGAUACAAGCGCAGGAGAUAAAGGAGGUUCUAGAAAUGCUAUCUCCCAGCAAGGCCUUUGCCUCUGGUUCUGGUUCGAGCGAUAGCAGCAAGAAUCAGUUGAGAGCAACGGCAGCAGUGGCGUCCCUUUCCAGCAGCCGAACCGCGCUUCGGCGGGCGAAGCCGGCAGCGACUGAGCCGUGCAACGCGUGGAUCUGCAUCGACAUCAGCAUCACGGGCAUCAUCCUCGCGCUGAAAGGGUUGUUUCAGAACUUUCAGAUCUUCUUUCAGGGCUUCAUCUCGGGCUUCUUCCAGGCCUUCAUCACGGGGUUCGUCCAGAUUGCCGCGUUUCUCGGCGCCGCGUUCGAGGCCUUUUUCUUUGCGUUGUUCAGCUGUAAAGGCGCGACCACAAUGCUCUUUCCCAUGGAUGCACUCGUGUGGGCCGGCGCACUCACAGUGCUAAGCGGGCAACAACUAGCAGACGUGGCAAACUACAACAUGUUAGACGGCCUAUACCCAUACGAUAUAAUGCAGAGCGCAGGGUGGAUGGCGAGAUUCAAGACGCAGCUGCCCGACCAGACCGUAACGAAAGUUUUCGGGCAGGGUUCCCCUAUGGUUGUGCUGAUGGGACGCCUGGGUAUUCCGUCGGUGGUUCUCUGGCCGAAUUUCUACGUUGGGAAAUCGCUGAUUGUGCACAUCGUCAGCACGUCGUUAGUUCCGACAUUAAUCUAG